AUGGCUGAGAACGCACCCCCUGCUGAGGGCGCUGCUGCGCCGUCCAAGAACGCCCUCAAGAAGGCUCAGAAGGAAGCCGAGAAGGCUGCGAAGAAGGCGGCGGCGAAGGAACGCGAAAUGGCCGAGCGCCUCAAGCAGCAGGGCGCCGACGCCGCCAACGACGUGUCCAAGGACGACUACGGCGAGCUGCCCAUGAUCGGCUCCGUCCCCUACACCCCCUCGGGCCAGCAGCGCGUCAAGUUCACCGAGCUCAAGGAGCAGGACGAGCCGGUCGCGUUCCGAUGCACUGUCAUCAACGCUCGUUCGCAGUCGGCGAAGCUGGCCUUCCUGAACCUGCGCCAGGGUGAUGAGACGAUUCAGGCCGUCGUGGCAGCGAGCGAGAAGCUGUCGCGGCAGAUGGUCAAGUUCGCUGGCAGCGUCAACGCUCAGUCCAUCGUCCUGGUCCACGGCCUGGUGCGCGGCGUCAAAGAGCCCAUCAAGAGCGCGACGCUCAAGAACCUCGAGGUCCACAUCCAGAAGCUAUACAUCAUCUCCAAGGCCGAGCCUCAGCUGCCGCUGCAGGUCGAGGACGCUGAGCGCCCGCUCCCUGAGGAGGGCACCACCGCUGAGGAGGAGGCAGCCAAGGAAGGCGAGCGUCCGCGUGUCGCGCUGGCUACCCGUCUCGACAACCGCGUGCUGGACCUGCGUGCGUCGCACAACCGUGCCAUUUUCCGCAUCAAGAGCGGCAUCUGCGCGCUGUACGCCGAGUACAUGCAGUCCAAGGGCUUCACGCAGAUCCAGACGCCAAAGCUGCUGGGCGCUGCGUCCGAAGGUGGCAGCAACGUCUUCGAGUGCACCUACUUCGACCGCAAGGCCUACCUGGCCCAGUCGCCCCAGCUGUACAAGCAGAUGCUCAUUGCCGGCGGCUUCGAGCGCGUCUUCGAGGUCGGCCCCGUGUUCCGCGCCGAGAACAGCAACACCGCUCGCCACUUGACCGAGUUCACCGGUCUCGAUAUGGAGAUGGCCUUCGAGGAGGACUACCACGAGGUGGUUGACUUGAUCGUCGAGAUGCUUCUGUUCAUCUUCAAGGGUCUGCGCGAGCGCUACAGCAAGGAGACCGACAUCGUCCGCGAGUGGGCCAGCGGUGGCAAGAACACCAUUGAGGACUUCAAGCUGCCCGAGGACGGCAAGGUCCCCAUUAUCCCCUUCAAGGAGGGUGUCAAGAUGCUCCGCGAAGCCGGAGAGGAGCUUGGCGACUACGAGGAUCUGAGCACCCCUCAAGAGAAGCUCCUUGGCAAGCUCGUCCUCGAGAAGUACGGCUCCGACUUCUACGUCCUCGACCAGUUCCCGCUCGCGGUGCGGCCGUUCUACACGAUGCCCUCGCCGCACGACCCGCAGCUCUCCAACUCGUACGACAUGUUCAUGCGCGGCCAGGAGAUCAUGUCCGGCGCCCAGCGUGUCCACGACCCCACCCUUCUUACCCAGCGCUGCAAGUCCAUGGACCCCCCUGUCAACCCCGACGGCCCCGGUCUCAAGGACUACGUCGACGGCUUCCGCUACGGCUGUCCUCCCCACGCCGGUGGUGGCUUCGGUCUCGAGCGUAUCGUCAGCUUCUGGGCUGGCGUCGGCAAUGUCCGCCUUGCCAGCCUCUUCCCCCGUGACCCCCAGAGGAUCCUGCCCUAA